AUGAGCGACAGAGGUUACUCGUACAAGAGCUCCGGCUAUAACAGCCAGGGUAACCAUUACUGCGCCCGUGACUACGGCAGCAGUGCCUCGAAUUCGAACUCGUACCAUUACUCUAAUCAGGACGGCUCGUACUACUACUCCAACCCCAACGGCUCUACCUACUACAACGACGGUCAGGGCGGCUCAACCUACACCUCUUCCUCGGGCUACAGAUCCUCGUCGGGAUAUGGAGGUAGUAGCAGCAGCAGCAGCAGCAGCAGUGGUGGCAAGAAGUAG